AUGAAUACUUCCAAUCGCAAAACAUCUGUCUCUUCCGAAAAAGACCCUACCAAACCAGCAGCAGACACCAAACCUUCUCUCCUCCCCUCGAAAUCACAUGACCAAGACGAUAUCAUUCUGAGGGCCAAUGGCCAUAACACGGCCAUGCGGCGCCAGUUCAGCUGGAUGUCAGCUCUAGGCCUGGGUUUCUCCAUCACCAACUCAUGGGUUGGAUACCUCAGCAACUUCGGACAAAACCUGAUAUACGGUGGGCCCCAAUCUUGCUUGUUCGGCCUCUUGGCUGCUUUCGUGGCCCAAUUCAUCAUCACCCUUGGCCUAAGUGAAAUUGCUUCAGCAUUUCCGUCAAGCGGUGGUCAAUAUCAUUUCUGCUACAUCAUGGCACCUGCCAAUACGAGACGGUUUGCGGGAUAUUUGGUUGGAUGGAUGUCAACGCUGGCUUGGUGGAUCGUCACAUGCUCUGGGACAUCUCUGUUCGCCGCAACCCUUUCAGGAAUGAUUGGCUUUUGGCAUCCUGCUUUCGAAGGAACUCAGUGGCAGAUCUACCUGAUCUAUGUUGGAACGGCAACUGUCACAAUGCUUCCGGUGGUCUUCACGUCAAAGAAGAUUACUUUGACCGUUCAAAUUUCGCUCUAUUCCUCCUUGAUCGGUUUUUUCAUCGUCCUAUGUGUAACCACCGGCAUGCAUAAGCACACUACGCCCUCAUCCUUCAUCACACAGUCUGGACUCGGAUCCAGUGGCUGGUCACCAGGGGUCGCCUGGAUCUUAGGAAUCACUAAUGCUAUGUACGCUUUUGGUGGGACCGAUGGAGCAAUUCACAUCAGCGAGGAAAUAUCACAGCCGGGAAGGCGAGUUCCUCAGGUAAUGAUGCUCACGAUCUUCAUAGGUUUGGGCACGGCCUUCCCACUGUUACUAGCACUGAUGUUCUUCAUGACUGGGUUGGACGCUGUCACUUCGGCCCGACUUCCAAGUUUGGAGCUGAUCAACCAAGCGACUGGUAACGAAGAUGUCACUCUGUUCCUUUUCGCAUACAUUCUGCUUGUAUAUCUAGUCUGCAUACCAUCUCAAUGGGUGACUGGCGGCCGGCUAGCAUGGGCAUUUGCUCGCGAUCACGGAGUACCAUUCUCAAGGUAUUUCUCCAAGAUUGACGAAAAGCGGGAACUGCCUCUGCGGGCAACGAUCGCAUCGUACGUCUUCGCCUGUCUGUACGGACUGCUGUACUUGGCUUCAACCACAGCCUUCAACUCCAUCGUAACUUCGGCAGUUCUGUUCCUGAGUAUCACGUAUGUGGUACCGCAGGGGAUCCUUCUAUUCCAGGGCCGGAACAAAUCUCUUCCUCCUCGCUAUCUGAACUUGGGCUGGUUUGGGUACGUUUGUAACGUGUUUUCUGUCCUGUGGAUUGUAAUUCUGGGGGUGUUCAUUUGCAUGCCACCAACGUUGCCAGUGACGGCUGGCUCCAUGAACUACACCUGUGUCGUUCUUGUCGGGCUUCUGGGCAUUGUGCUUCUGUUUUGGUUCAUUGAUGGGCGGAAGAAUUUCAAAGGUCCCAACAUUGACUGGGACAUGAUCAAGGCUCUCAACUCCGCAGGAACAGCGACAGAAGGUCAAAGAGGUUAGAAGAGACUUCUCAUGGCGCUAGUACAGAGAGACCUCUGACUUCUUAUCGAUGAGUAGCGGAGAAAAUGCCAUAUCACAAAUGACUCCUGGAGGCUAGCUGGUGAUAUGCCUCACGAAUGAAACAGUCCCAAUCUGGCAAUAAAACGAGCCCGCAAACAGGACUCUCCUUGCAUUAUCAGUGUAAA